GACGGCGCCAUCAGCAGGUGGCUCUUUCACUUACAGGAAGGACGACCAGCUGCACGCAUGUCACGUCAAGAGACUAAAGCCUGAGGUGAACCCUGCGGCGCCGUCACACUUCAAAGACAGAGUAAAUGCAUAAAGUCCGGAGCCUCUUUGUAGCCAAUUCGGCUAAAGCGUACAGCAGAUUGUCCACAAGACGAAAAAGCACUGGAGAAAGACCAUCAGCUCCACUGGGUUCGCGGUUUCUGACCAAUCAUGAUGACAUCUUUAAACACAACAUGUGGGACCAUGUGCAGUGGACAGAAGAGGAUAAAGAAAAUGCACGACAAAGGGCACAAGAAAAUUCCCUUGUCCAAAUUCCCUUGAAGGAACAAGGUAAAUUUGAUACAGACGCUCACUGCUACUGGGACCAGUUUUAUGAGAUGCACCAGAAUAAGUUCUUCAAAGAUCGCAAGUGGCUAUUUUUAGAAUUCCCAGAACUUAUUCCUUCAGGUUCAAAAAGCCAGGCCACAACCAGGUGUCAAGGUGAUCAGCAGACAGAAAUCCUGCUCCCUAAUGGAUCCAGCCUGAAUGCAGAGACCAGUCUCCAUCAACACAGUGACACCACUUCCUAUCACAGACAUGUCUCUGAUUAUCCAAGUGCCUGUCAAGGAGCGUCAGAAGAAAGAAAUGUUCUCCAGACUUCUACUUUCCCUGGACAACAUGCAUCUUUCAGAAUAUUGGAGGUUGGAUGUGGAGUUGGUAACAGCGUAUUUCCAAUUCUUAAUUCCAUAAGAGGACGUGAUGCAUUUUUAUAUUGUUGUGACUUCUCCCCACGUGCCAUUCACCUGGUCAAGAGCCAUGGAGACUAUGAUGACUCUGUGUGUCACGCCUUUGUCCAUGACAUUUGUGAGGAGAUGGCCUCCUUUCCCUUCCCUAUUCAGAGCCUGGAUGUUAUUCUCGCAGUCUUUGUGUUCUCCUCCAUUCAUCCAGAGCGAAUACAGAAAGUAGUGAAUCGACUAGCAACAUACCUGAAACAUGAAGGGACAUUCCUUUUCCGUGAUUAUGGGAGAUAUGACUUGUCACAGCUCAGGUUUAAGAAGGGACGGUGUUUAUCAGAGAACUUCUACACUCGUGGAGAUGGAACCUGUGUAUAUUUUUUCACAAAAGGUGAGGUUCAUGAUUUGUUUUCCAAUGCCGGACUGGAAGAAAUUCAGAAUCUGGAGGAUAGGCGGCUUCAAGUGAACAGAGGAAAGAAAAUUGCAAUGCACCGUGUUUGGAUGCAAAGCAAAUACAGGAAGCCACUUCCACCUUCACCACUGUAACACUUGGCCAUGCACAACCGUUAGACUUUGCAGAAUAUCCAUUCAACUCUGAUGACUUUGUAAAUGUGAUUUUUUUUUUUUUUUUUUUUUACCAACAACAUCUCUGUAUGUAAUAAAUUUGUAUGUAAGAUUUUUGGUUUUAUCUUGUUUUUAAAUCUGUCGAUCAGUGUCAUCACCUAAUGUCCAUCUGCUGAUUAUAUGGACUACAUGAAGAAAUGAUGCAUCAUUUAUUAAAUUUUUUUUUUAUUUUUGAGCUUGUGCAUGUGCAAAAAUAUGCAAUAUGCGUGCGCGUGCACAACUCUUGGGGUAUACCAAUUUUGUAAUGUACAUUUUUGUAUUUUCAUUUUGGCAAUAAUGUGUUUCUGCAAAUUGUGUGUUGUUUUUUAUAAACACGUGCAUUGUAUCCAAAUAUUCGAGUCACAAACAUUGCAGUCACUCUUAAUAUUUUAAAGUGUAUAUUUAUUUUAAGUUGUGACUGCAAUGUCUUGGGAAAAUAAUUAGCAGGUCAAGUGCCACAUGAUUACUGUGCUGAUUACCCUUUCUUUUAGAUUGGAAUAUGUAUAUGGAAAAGGUAGGCAAGACACGUUUGAAAAGAUAUGGAGCCAUAUAUUUGUAAAAUGUAUAGAUCUAGCAGAUGGGGUGAUUAAUAAGUUAUUAGAAAUGUAAACCUUGCAACAUCAGCUCACAUCAGGAGAAAGAUACAUUCACUUAUAGUGUGCAUUUAAAAUCUAUGAUUUCUUUUGGCUGUUUUUGUUUGUAUAUUACACUCGAAGGGGCACAUUACAUUACAUAUUUACAUUUUUUUAUAAAAGUGUUUAUUUAUACGUUUUUUUAAAAAUAAAUAUAAUGUUAAA